CGUGCUCGCAGAUCUAGAAGUCAAGACUUCCACAAGAACCAAAGUAUCAAACUUCACACAACACCGCCAAAAUGGGCAAGGACGAAAAGACUCACAUCAACGUCGUCGUUAUCCCACGUCGAUUCCGGCAAGUCUACCACCACUGGUCACUUGAUCUACCAGUGCGGUGGUAUUGACAAGCGUACCAUCGAGAAGUUCGAGAAGGAAGCCGCUGAACUCGGCAAGGGUUCCUUCAAGUACGCAUGGGUCCUUGACAAGCUCAAGGCCGAGCGUGAGCGUGGUAUCACCAUCGAUAUCGCUCUCUGGAAGUUCGAGACUCCCAAGUACCAGGUCACCGUCAUUGAUGCUCCCGGUCACCGUGAUUUCAUCAAGAACAUGAUCACUGGUACUUCCCAGGCCGACUGCGCUAUUCUCAUUAUCGCUGCCGGUACUGGUGAGUUCGAGGCUGGUAUCUCCAAGGAUGGCCAGACCCGUGAGCACGCUCUUCUCGCCUACACCCUGGGUGUCAAGCAGCUCAUUGUUGCCAUCAACAAGAUGGACACCACCCAGUGGUCUGAGGCUCGUUUCCAGGAAAUCAUCAAGGAGACUUCCUCUUUCAUCAAGAAGGUCGGCUACAACCCCAAGACCGUUGCCUUCGUCCCCAUCUCCGGUUUCCACGGUGACAACAUGCUGUCCCCCUCCACCAACGCCCCCUGGUACAAGGGUUGGGAGAAGGAGACCAAGGCUGGCAAGUCUUCCGGCAAGACCCUUCUCGAGGCCAUUGACUCCAUUGAGCCCCCCAAGCGUCCUCUUGACAAGCCCCUCCGUCUUCCCCUCCAGGAUGUCUACAAGAUCGGUGGUAUUGGCACAGUACCCGUCGGCCGUAUCGAGACUGGUGUCCUCAAGCCCGGUAUGGUCGUUACCUUCGCUCCUUCCAACGUCACCACUGAAGUCAAGUCCGUCGAGAUGCACCACGAGCAGCUCGCCGAGGGUGUCCCCGGUGACAACGUUGGUUUCAACGUGAAGAACGUUUCCGUCAAGGAUAUCCGCCGUGGUAACGUCGCUUCCGACUCCAAGAACGACCCCGCCUCCGGUGCCGCUUCUUUCAACGCCCAGGUCAUUGUCCUCAACCACCCUGGACAGGUCGGUGCUGGUUACGCUCCCGUCCUUGAUUGCCACACUGCCCACAUUGCUUGCAAGUUCUCCGAGCUUCUCGAGAAGAUCGAUCGCCGAACUGGUAAGGCUACUGAGGCCAACCCCAAGUUCAUCAAGUCUGGUGACUCCGCCAUCGUCAAGAUGGUUCCCUCCAAGCCCAUGUGCGUUGAGGCUUUCACCGACUACCCUCCUCUGGGCCGUUUCGCCGUCCGUGACAUGCGUCAGACCGUCGCCGUCGGUGUCAUCAAGUCCGUUGAGAAGGCCGCUGCUGGUUCCGGUAAGGUUACCAAGUCCGCUGCCAAGGCUGCCAAGAAA